AUGACAACUCUACGCCUGUCAAGUGGUUCCGCCGCCAAGCCUCCCCGCAUUCUUCCCUCAACCGCCCCUCAAAUCUUCCAUCCUUCUGACUCUUCACGGCACUCAAGUCGAAAUCUACGAAAACGAAAGAGGUCUAAUUCAGAAGAUGACGAGCAUCCCGUGAGAGCUAAAGAUGUCAUUGGCGAUGUACCAGAUGAGGAUGACCCCAUUUGGUCCAAGGAGAAAAAGAGCGAGGUGCGGAUGACUGGUGUUCGACCACCCCACUUUGUAUUCCCCAGAACAGCAUACAGCGGCCAUGUCCCAUCGGUCCCAAGGUACUCUGAGAAGAGCGUCUUGCAAGACAUCUUAGUCAAAGAGGAGGAACAGGACGACAACGAUACAGACACAAAUGGCAAUGCUUUUGUCGAAGCAGACCUUCGAAAAUUUGUCAUCUACCGUCCCCACAAGCCUUACCGUCACAACAAGAGCAGCGCCACUGAAUUCCCUUUCGCAAAUGAAUUGGUGUCACUUCACGAGAUCAACGAACACGCAGUCAAACACUUCUACCUUGACGGCGUUAUCUGCUACGCUGGUAAGCAGAGAUACGUUCAAAAAGUUCCCUUCGAAACCUUGUCCAUAGGAGGAUACGAAGAACCGGAACACUCUACGGUGGGCCCCUACAUCUGGAUACAAUCAAUUGAAGGCACGAGGCCCAAUGUCUGGUAUCGUCUGACAUACCCUGCAGCGGAGUACAAACGGUAUCAUGAGCCAUUCUUAUGGAUGGCAGAUCUUGCCAAGCAUCUUGUUGAAUAUCUUCACACUCACCAAAGGGUUGCCUUAUUCGAUUUUCGUCAUCGUUUCUAUGAGUGGCUCCAAAAUCUCUACCCCACUGACAGAUGUGUUCGUCGUUGGCUCGAGCAAUAUGCGGAUCGGGAUUUUCGACGCGUUGUUACGGCCCAUGCCAAUUUCCUAUACUUCCAAGCUGCCCAGGUCGAUCAAAAGUAUGAGAAGCACGCAAUAUGGGAGGAGAUACACCCUAGGAUUUUACGUGCGAUACCAAAACAGGUGGAACACACCACAAUCAAGGAUAUGUUUGCCACUUUGACGGCAAGAGAGGAGUUCGUCUCAAGACGCAAGACUACCGUCACGCCGUAUGUAUUCAAAUGUUUCGAGAGUCUCCCCUGGGCAAAGUUUCUCUAUUGCCAAUCUUCAUCCACCUCUCUCAUUCAUCGCGAGAAACAAUCAAAUACCAAUCACACAAAGGUCAGUCCUGCAGUUCAGAAGCUAGAAGUGCGUAUUCCAUUGUGCCCGAGUUCAAGUGGUAUGAAGGCUAGAGGCCAGCCCAUACGCGUCAGUAUCGGAGACGUGGUGGCUAUUCCGAAGGACGACAAUAGCGCUUGGAGGACCGAUGACGCAGAGUACUUUGGCUAUGUGCAAUGCAUUUCAGACACCGACGAAGGCCAAGCUUUGGGCUUGCUUUGGUUUUACCGUCCUGGAGACACCACGUGUCUGAAGAUGUUUUAUCCGUACUCACAAGAACUGUUUCUGGGUGAUCACUGCAAUUGUGGGGAUCCUCUAGUACUUGCCAGCGAAGUCAUCCGUAAACCGCAAGUUACCUUCGGUGGGCCAGAGAGUCCAUCCACAGAAUUUUUUUGUCGUCAACGAUACGUCGAAGGUGACGGUGCCUGGAUCACACUGCAAGAUUCACACUUCCGAUGUGGAUGCCACAAAGUAAAUGAAACACCUGAAUACUGUGUUGGAGAUACUUUGCUUGUGGCGUCGAGCCUGAGACGGUUGGGCAAGAAUUUGGAACCGGUGGUACUUAUCGAGCACAAUCCAGACGGUCUUGACGGGAAAAUCAGAGUCGUACGACUGUUGCGCAGGAAGAGAGACUACGGGUGCAAUGAUGCUGAUCCAAACGAACUGGUUCUGACCGACCGGUCUGAGGUCAUUCCUGUUGCGUACGUCCACAGACAAUGCCAAGUUCGGUUUUACUCAGAAGCGGAAAAAGAAGAGCAAAGAAUACCCAGUCCCUACGAUCGUCAAGGUGCCUCGGAUUUCUAUUACAUUAUAUCUCAAGAUCUGCAGACUUCCGGAUCUGGCCUAGAAUCUUUACAAACCCCGUCGCCAUCUUUCCUGAGACAGGGCUGGGAUCCCACGUCGGCUCCACCUCAGCCGAGAAUGCGGGGCUUGGAUAUGUUCUGUGGUGGAGGAAACUUCGGUCGUGGGCUCGAAGAGGGUGGUGCUGUUCGUUUUGAUUGGGCGGUGGAUUGGUACAACCAAGCGAUCCACACUUACAAAGCCAACCUGCCGACUCAGAAUCAGACUAAGCUAUUCCGGGGAUCAGUGAAUCAUUAUCUGAGUCAAGCAUUGGAGGGAAAGGGGGGAAACUUGAUAGCUCAAUUUGGAGAGGUCGAAGUGAUAUGUGCUGGCAGUCCUUGUCAAGGAUACUCUCUGGCAAAUCCGAACAAAGGCAAUGAAAGUGGUUUGCUCAACGAGUCUAUGGUGGCUUCGGUGCUUGCCUUCAUAGACUUCUACCGUCCCAAAUAUGCUCUCAUGGAGAACGUGAAAGGCAUGGCUCUUGGCGAUGAGAAACACAGCGUGCUAGCACAGGUGGUCUGCUGCCUAGUGGGCAUGGGGUACCAAGUUCGAACUUCCUGCCUGGACGCUUGGAGUUUUGGUUCUCCCCAGAAACGAAGCAGGAUCAUCAUCACUAUUGCAGCUCCAGGCUUGACGCCUUUACUAGAGCCUGCACAAACACAUUCACACCCAGAUGGAGUCUGGGGUGGAAGCUUGGGAAAGACGGCAAAUGGCGUGCCCACCGCUUCGCGAACCAGAAAUCGAACACCAUUUGACUACGUCACGUCAGCAGAAGCCACGAAAGAUCUACCAGCAACUGACGCUCGCACAAGCUGCAUACCUUUCCCCGAUCACCGUAUGAGCAGGAGUCUGCCUAUCCUUAGCUGGGUGCGCGUUUCAUGUGUUCCUCGCUUCCCCAGUGGCUGCUCUUUCGUCAAGGCUUUCAGGCAAGGCUAUAUGCCUCAGGCGCAGAUCGAUUCAUUCAAAUGGGACGAGAAGAUUCGAUCGAGACAUGAUUCAAAGUCUUGGCAACGAGUGAGACGAAAUGCGUUGAUGCCCACGGUAAUGACAGAGCCCAGGCCUGAUGACGGUGCAGGUGGUGAUUGUCUGCAUUGGGAUGACCACCGUUUGCUGACGAUAAUGGAAGCACGCCGAGCGCAGGGUUUUCCCGACUAUGAGGUCCUUAUAGGUUCACCCUCUGAGCAGUGGAAGAUCGUAGGGAAUAGCGUAGCUCGUCCCGUGGCGUUGGGUUUAGGCGCCUCUCUGCGGACAGCAUGGCUGGCCAACACGGCAAGACAGGAGCACCCAGCCGUCCGAGCCAACGUCGCCUCCAAAGACUCCGCCAGUGGCGUGGACAACGAUCAGAAGAGUAUAGUGGCAGCCUCUGGAGAAGCCGCUCGCAAUGGAUGGUCUGCUCAAAAUAUGCUGAACAAAAUUACCGCCGCUCUUACCUCUCCUAGAGAGCUUGUAUCUGCCAUAUCUGAUACGAUAGUGGAGCCAUUGACAAACCGGGAUCACCAUUCUGUAACGACUCUGGAAUAUCAGCCAUCGAAGUACAUCCGCUCAGUCAAGGCCUGCCAGACCGGAUUUGAACAAUCCAGGGGUGGCACCAACGGCGCCAUUGGAACUUCGAGACUGAAACCCUAUUGUUUCGAGGAUGACGACAGCGGCACAACGUAUCUAUACUGA